AUGACACAAGCUAAUUUAGGUCUUGCAGAUGCAUAUAUUAAUGGAGACUUUUCCCUUGAUGAUAAAGAUAACGGUCUUUUGAAUCUUUUUCUGUUGAUAGAAAGUACUGAAAUUGUAAUUGUAUUUUUAUGUCUUCAAGGAUUUAUGGACACCAAUUUCCUUACAACUGGUUUAGCAUCUGCAAAGUUCUUCUUUAAGCAUUACGUUAAGAAAAAUACUCUCACAUAAGCUCGUCGCAACAUCUCUAGACAAUAUGAUCUGAGUAAUGAACUAUUUGCACUAUUUAUGGAUGAAACAAUGACAUAUACAUGUGCAGUGUUCAAGAAUGAAGAUGAAGACUUAAGAUCACAACUGAGAAAAAUGUCUCUUCUCAUUGAAAAAGCUAGGAUAGACAGCACACAUGAAGUUCUUGAUCUCAGGUGCAGAUGGGAAAGUUUUGCCAUUGAAGUUGUCAAAUGAACUGGAUGCAAAUGUAUUGGCAUCACUUUAUCUAAGGAGCAAUUGAAAUUUGCAGAAAAAAGAGUUAGAUAUGCUGGAUUUCAAGAUCAUAUCAAAUUUCUACUGUGUGAUUAUCGUCAACUACCAAAGACAUUCAAAUAUGAUAGGAUUAUAUUUGCUGGAAUGAUAUAAGUAGUUGGUCAUGAAUAUAUGGAAGAGUUUUUCGGUUGUUGCGAAUCAAUAUUAGUAUAUAAUGGCCUUCUCUUUCUCCAAUUUAUAUCAUGUCCGGAUGAGUCUUAUGAUGAGCACAAGCGUAGUAGUGAAUUUAUAAAGGAAUAUAUUUUUCAAGGGGGAUGCCUACCCUCCCUAAGUAAGGUAACAUCAGCCAUGACAGCUGCAUCAAGACUAUGUGUGGAGUAUGCUGAGAAUAUUGGAAUCCAUUACUAUCAAACAUUAAGGUUGUGGAGAAAGAACUUCAAGAAAAUACAGAAUGAAAUUUUGGCUCUUGGGUUCGACAAAAAAUUUAUUAGGACAUGGGAAUACUAUUUUGAUUAUUGUGCAGCAAGUUUUAAGUCACGAAUACUUGGAGAUUACCAGAUGAUUUUCUCGCAUCUGGCAACACUAAUACACUCAAAGAUCCAUACAGAAGUUGGCCCUCGGCAUAUUAAGAACAAGCCAUGA